UCAUUCUAGCAAAUAUUUGACAAUGAAGGGAAGGGUUGACUUACAGUCUUCCCCCAAGUUAUCCGAGGAAGAGGAUGAUUACGAGACCAUAAGUUCUUCCACUCUGCAGGCCAUCCAUACUUUAAGAAUUCUUCCUGCCAAACCUCUACAAGAAUCUGAAUAUGCAGAUAAACGUUGUUUAAGGCCUUCAGGUUCCACUUCCCCAAUGAGCGAGAACCCAUCUCACCCCCCUCAAUACUCAACUAUUCACACAUCUGUUCCGGAGGGGCAGAGAGUGCCAAGUGUUAGAGGAGGAAGAAUGAAAAUACAGGGAGACCAGGAACCUGUGCCUCCCCCACGACCUCCAAACACACUGCCAAAGCAGUAUCAGCCACUUCCUCCAGAGCCAAGGAUAAGCAGCCAGUUCUUUCACAAGAGGAACACGCUCAGCCAAGCUCCCACCUUUCCAAUAUCAGCAAAAGUCUCAAGACAUUUAUCUGUUAAAGAACUAAAUGAAGCACCUGGAAGAGAGCAAGUUACAAAUUUGGGGAAGAAACCUGAAGUAUCUUUUCAAGCACAACAGCAUCAUCCUGAAGCCAGCCCUCAACGUACAUGGAGCCCUAAAACCAAUUGCAGCUCAGGUUCCACGCUAAAUGUAGAGAACUUGACAGUGAAGAGGUCACCAUCUCCGACACCAUAUACAGUAUGCAAAAAUAAAUCAAAACAUUCACUUGCAGAACAGGAAAUGCAAUUUCUUACCCAACCCACUGAAGAGGAUUUAAACAAAUGUGAAUGGUACGUUGGAGAAUACGAUCGCCAUGAAGCAGAGAAGGCACUGCUACAGGAAAAUAUUGAUGAGACAUUCUUGGUUAGAGAUUGUUCAAAGAAAUCAAAGGCUGAACCAUAUGUUCUGGUUGUUUAUUAUGGAAGAAGAGUAUACAACAUUAAAGUACGUUUUCUGGAAGAGAGCCAACAAUAUGCACUGGGAACAGGGCUCAGAGGAGAUAGUAAAUUUAAUUCUGUGGAAGAGAUCAUUGAAUUCUACAAACAUGUUCCCAUAAAACUCAUUGACGGAAAGGAUCAGUCAGGAACUCACAGAGAACAAUGCUACCUCACACAUCCAUUCAAGUCACGCAGAUGUUUUCUGCCUUAACAUCACAGAUUCAUUUGUACAGAUGUAAAUGGAACAGUUAUUUAAAUGUCUCAAAAAUCAGAUUAGCCUUUUGAGCGAGGAGCUCCCCACAAUAU